GGUUGGGUAGAGCGGCUCUUUCUCUGUGUGCAAAAUGGCGGCGGCGGCCCCGGCGGAGCCGCUGCGUCGGCUCCAUCGCCCCCGCAACCCUCCGUGGUGGAGCCAGAGGAGCCGCUUCCCCUACGCCUCCUUCGACGAUCCCCCGCGCAGCCGCCUCUUCCUGGUGCUGGAGCAGAAGGUGAUGACGCCGGAGGUGUGGCUGCGCCUGUCCUCCUUCGGCCCCAUCGAGGACUUCUGGCCGCAGGUGAACAAGCGCACCAUGGAGCCCACCGGCGCCGCCUUCGUCAAGUACGCGAGCAGCGCCGACGCCCGCAGGGCCCUCCGGGAAAUGAGCUCGCUCCCAGGCAUGGAGCCCGGCGUCGUCAAGAUAUGCUUGGCACAAAGCAGAGUUUCUGAAAAGUCAGGGAAUCUGAAUCUUGAACCACAUGGUGAAACAGACGCCAAAGUCCCAAAGACAUCCCAAGCUGCUUUGGCCACAGAGGAAUGUAGCCAAAAUAAAAGCAGCAGUUUGAAGACUCCUGUAACUAAUCUGACCGUGUCCACUGAAGUCAAGUCUCCUGAGAGUAGGCCAGAGCAGGAAACAGCAAUUUGUGAAGUACAGGGGGAAAGUUUGAAUACUUCAGAUAAAAGCAGCAGUUUGAAGAAGCCUGUAAUUAAUCUGACCGUGUCCACUGAAGUCAAGUCUCCUGUGAGUAGGCCAGAGCAAGAAACAGCAAUUUGUGAAGUGCAAGGGAAAAGUUUGAAUACUUCAGGUAAAAGCACCAGUCUGGAUAAGAUGGUUACAGAGCCCAGUAAAUUCUCUGUACUCAAGUCUCAUGUGAACAGUCAGAGGCAUCAAACAACAGACCAUGAAGUACAAGAGAACAGCUUGAAUCCUUCGGUAUUGACUCUUGCUUUAGAUGAACAUGUCGGUUUGGAUGAGCCUAUGAUUAGUGUCGAAAAGGAAACAACAAGCUAUGAAAUAAAAGGGAGCAGCUUAAUCCCUAAAGUUUGCAAGACCACUUCAAUUGAGCCUGUGACCAAGACAUCUGAAUCUGAUACACACAAAUCAUCUGUGUGGGAACACCAAAGAAAGAUCCACAGAAUGCAGGGGAGCAAUUUGAUUGUUAUAGCCUUCCUGUCUUAGUAAUGCCAGUCUGAAAAGUUUGGGUCUUGCAUUGGGGGAGUGGGACAGAUGGAAGAUUGUGCUCAAAUGCAGGCCAUUCUAAUGCCUAGCAGCGUGACCUGAGGAAAGCUGUCUUGAACUUGAUAUUACAGAUACUCCAUCGCUCUCAAGAGGUUCUGUAAGCCAUAGGACUAAGGCCAAGCCAAUAGAUGCCCUUACAGACGGAUCCUUCAUGAAUAGUGCUAAAAAGAAUACAAACACAGUACGAGAGAGCAACUUGAUUACUUUAGCUUCACCAUGUGACACCACUGUGGCUGAGACUGUGGCCAAAUCGUUUGAAGGCAGUGUAAAAAGAUGCAGAUGGAACAUUGCAGAAACAAGCAAUUUGAUUACAUUAGGUUCUAAUACCGCUGAGGUUCAGCCAGUGUCUACGCCACCAGAACUCUGUGGAUAUGGAUACUAUGUGGGCAGUGCGGGUUACAGUUCCACUUUGCCUGUAUCAUUGACUGAACCGCUUACAUCCAAUUUGCACUACUACACUGCAAGUAGUGUAGAACAGCAAACAGACACUCAAAGAAUUCAAGAGAAGAAUUUGAUUACUCCAGAUAAGUCCCUGAAAUCAUCUGAACGCAAAUUCUACAUGGGUGGUCGGAAAACAAGGAGCCGUAAAGUACACAGGAGCAACUUGCUUGCUUCAGUAGACCCACCAGACCUUGCAAGUGUGGAAAGGAGUAAUUCCGGAAGAAAAGCGUCAAUCUCCAGACAUUUAUUAGUGGUAUCCAAAUGUCCAUUGACUCAAGAGCAAAUAUUCAGCCUCUUUGGUGUCGUCCCAGGAUUGGAAUGUUGUGAAACUCCUCCACAUCUUUAUAAUAACCAUGUAUUUGCAGUAAUUCGGUACAGAAACAUUGCAUCUGCUGUGUAUGCGAAGUGCAGACUACAUGGUUUAGAAUAUCCUCUUGGGAACCAGUUGCAUGUUAGUUUUCUGGAAAGUGAAACUCAUGGAACUAACUCCAGUCUCAUCCAAGAAAUGGCAACACAGGUGGUGACUUCACAACUGGCGUCAGUAAUAUGGAAUAAUAAUUGGGCUCCUCAGCUUCUGGCAUCGUCUCAGUCCCGGAUCCCUUCUCCAUCUCUCCAAACAGACGCUGAACUUCCAUCACGCAAAAGGAAAGCUCCCCCUGAUUCUCCUGUACGGGAAAAGCUUUUCAUUGUAUUUGAUCCCUGUCCUUUACCUCAAGAUGUCUUGGACAAUGUAUUAAGUCGGUUUGGAAAUUUUAUAAACAGUCACCUCAUCCCUGGGGAAAAUGUAGCUUAUGCCAAAUUUGCAGAGAGAACAAGUGCUAGUCAUGCUAUAGCUAUGUUACAUGGCAAGACUGUGAAUGGUGUGAAGCUGAAGGUAAUAUUGGCUGACCUGCCCACAGGACUCUAAUAGAUGCCAAGCGGAUGUUCUGACUAGACAGGUAAGUACUUAAUCUUUGGUACUACUGCACUCCUAGAUCCAGUUGUGUACUUCAGUGGUUUCAGAGCUUUCCUUUCUCCUUGUUCAAGGAACAGGAUGCAGAAAAAUGCCUGGCUUGAAUUAGGUUUCUUCCCUUAGGGGCUUACAAUCUAAAAACAGGCGCAAGGAAAAUGAAGAUAGAAGAUAGAAUUAUUUAAAUUACACUUCAGUGGUGUCACUAGGGAUGUGUGGGGUGUGUGGGUCACACCAAGUAAUACCUUGAGAGGGCGUGCAUACCUUGCCUUAAGUGCACUUGUGGAGGCAGCCUUCAGGAGGCGCCUUCUCAGCUCAUGCCUGCAGUGGAGCUGUGGGAGCAAAAUGAGCAACUCUCCAUCCUGCUGGGAAGAGGAGGUGGCAGAGGAGGAAGCACUUGGCCAGCCAGACCGGGUUGGCAGAGAGUGAAUGGGCACUGAUGCUGCAUGAAUGAGGGAGUGGAAGAAGAAGAUGAGAAGGCGGCAAGCAAUGCCACUGCCCAACCAGUCCUCCAUGCCUUCUUGCUGCAAAUUGCAGUGAAGUUCUCAGGCAGCAGAGAUCCCACCUGGAUACAGCACUGAGGUGGUGAUUGGGUGCUGUGGUGCCGAAGAUGCAGAGGAGGUAGAAGGAGAAGGAAGAGUGGAUCUGGGUGCAAAGGCAAUGGUGGCUCCUCGGCAGGAGGUUACACCAUGAGUUAUCACACUGGGUGACACCAAUCCUAGUGACACCACUGAUAUAAUUAGAUGUAUGGUACUACAUGGUUGUUUUAAAAUGCUUACUGAGAAAAAUGGGUUAUGAAGUGUGAUUGGGAAAAAAAGAAAAUUAGAAAUGUGUUUUGCAGACAAUAAGUGAUAGUGCUGUUUCAGACAGUAUAGAACUGAUUAUUUCAAAAGACAUAAGGUGUGACAAAAUAAAGAAUACAGCAAUAAGAGCAUGUCGUUCUUUCACUAAAACAACCCUUACUUUGGAGACCAGUGUGGUUUAAUGGCCAAACUGUCUCACACUGAUGGAAGAGACUAGAAGCUAAAAAUCCCCACUUAGGUAUGGAGCUCCAUGGAAUAACUUGAGCCAGUGAUUCGGUUUAAACUCCAUCAGUGUUUUUCUAUGAGAAUAAUGGUAUCUUCAACAUAUUGAACUCCUAGGAGAAAAGGCAGCAUUAAAAUGUGUUUAUAUGGAAGUAGGUUCUAUUAUAAUCUGUGGGGUUUAGGCUUGAGCAAAUAUGUAUAACUUUGUUGCCAAAGAUGAAGAAGUUGGUGAUUUUGAGGAGAACCAGGAUAAAAUGGUUUGUUAUCACAGUUUCUCCAGUUUGAAUGACAAACAAGGAACUGUGGAGAGUUUAAAAUUGAAACUAGACACUACAGCUCUGUUACUUGCCAAGGCACAAUUUCAUUGUAAACUCUGUUUUCCUGUUAAAUCUGAAUCAGGGAUUUUUUAUUUGCAUGACAUUUAAAUCUCAUUUUAAUCCAAGCUAUUUUUGUUUAAAAAUAGUUUUUUAGAAGUAAUGUUUAAAAUAUUUAAAUGCUGUUUAUUUUGAUUCUUUAACGUCAUAUAUGUUCAUCCCUUCAUGAAAUACUUUUUUCUUCCCUUCAUGAGAGACAUUUUUGGGGAAUGUCUCACCACAUACUUUUUGAAUACUUGGAGAAACCAUUUGUGAUAUGCUUGAGUAAGGAACAAAAUUAUGUUAAAAUGUAUAAAAUAUUGGUAACUUAUGCUAACAUGGUUGCUGCUUCAAUGCCAGCAUCAAUGUGUCUCCAUUGUAUAGACCUUAUGAUCAAGUCAACACAAUUUGAACGUGCUCAGUUAAUGGUUUCAGAGAUAUAGGUAAAGCUGACAAUUCUUCUAAGGAUUUCUGAAAAGAAUCUUAAGCCCUUGCAACUUCCAGAAGCUGUGGAAAGCAUAGCUCUGGAGAUAUAAACCCUUCAGUUGGAAGAAGUCAAGACAUAUUGCACUGCAAUGAUGCCUCUUGAAGAAGCACUGAGCAUUCUUGCAUGUGUUACCUUGAAGGAAGCUACAACUGAACUCCUUUUGGAAAGAUGAUACAUCUUCAAGAGAUCCUUUUUGCUGAACCAGAAUGGGUUUGGGUGAAUUCCAAGUUUCUUGUUUUGCCCACUGAUGAACUGUUAUCUCUCAACUGCAUCAAAUCAAUAGAACCAAAUCCCAUUUUCUGAGAGAAAGCACUCUUUAGACAUCUCUAUAUUUUAAAUGUAAUAAAUGUAUGGACCAGUUCCCACACCCAAGACGUAUCUUGAAACAAUUUAUAAAAUGCUAAAACAAAAAUAACUUGUUUGCUUAGUCCCCCCUCCAAAGAUAAAUAAGGGGGGUUGCCUUUGCAUUCCUCUGAGGCCAAAAGUGUGUGACUUGCCCAAGGUCACUCAGUUGGUUUCCAUGGCUGAGUGGGAAUUAGAACCUAGUUCUCCAGAGUCAAACCACUACACCAUGCCUGCUAUUGUACAGUCUCAAUGAUAUAAUCUGUCUUAGGAUCUUAUCCAAAAGAGAAGAAAGAAGAAAUAAUUCUAUAUAACAUGUUCUUUACUGGACACCAAAGGAAAAUCUGGACUGUAAUUUUUUCAAAGAAAUUCCUUUGCUUUGUUUGUUCUGUAACCUGAAUACAUAGUGAUGCUAUGUGAAAAGUUUGAAAUAGACAUCCUUUGUGCUAAUAGUUGCCCUUUUUUCCACUGGUGUGUGGGUUCCACCUUAGAACCACACCCAAAGGUCAUCCUGGAGGAAUUCUACUAUCCUCAAACAAACUGGAAUGUAUGGAUUUGCCCUAAUGUUAGAGUUCAAUUUUCUAGUUCUAUGUUUCUUAGAGCCACUGGGUGCAAUUACCCUGCUAAUUAUACAGACAGUUUUUAUGUUUUUACUGUCUAUAGCAGUUUGUAUUCCUCAAACCAAGAAUGAUCACUCAUAUACCGAUCAUUUGAACCCAGCUUUCAUCAUAGCUUGAAAUGAAUGUUUUUUAAAAAGCUGUUUUAGUCUCUCCAGUAUUUCUUUUCUAUAUUAACUUCUAAUAAUCUGUGCUCACUAUGUUUUAAAGCAGUUCCAAACAGUUACUGCUAUUUUGAUCACAUAUUAUGCUACAAACCAAAAAAUUGGACCAACACAAAGAAGAGAACAGAGCUACAAUUGAAUGGUGUUUUUUCCUCUCGUAGACAUUGAAUUGUAAUCUGCAUUUUGUGCUACUUACUAUAUUGAUUAUAUACUAUGCACUUUGAAGUACAAAGCAAUACUAGAAGUACUAUGUACUUGUGAAAGAGAAGGCUGUUGUUAAAAUGGGAGACAGCAGUCCUCAGCUUCGGGAGUGUAGUGCAAGAGGAAUUAAGGGAUUCUUCCUCCCCUUAAUUCCUAUUCUGUUAGUUCUGCUUCCUGCUUUGGGAGCUGGAGGCUGCUGUUUCUCAUUGACACAACAGCCUCCUGCUUUGAAAUAACAAGGAGGAAGAAUCCUUGGAUUCCUUCUGUGCUGCACUCUUGACGCUGGAGGCUCAUAUCUCCCAUUCAAACAACAGGCUUCUGCUUUGAGAGUAAAGAGGAGGAAGAAUACCUGGAUUCCUUCUGCACCCCACUCAUGAAGCUGGAGUCUUUUGUAUGAAAUGGGAGGAGGAAGAAGUUAUGUCUUAGGUAUUGCCAUUACAUUCAGUGAUAUAUGGAAUUAUUAAAGUGUAACAUUAAUACAAAAAACAUUACUAAGGAUUCUGUAUGGUCUCAUAGGGAGGAGGUCAAUGGGAGGGGGUGACACAAUGAGUUAUCACACCAGGUGACACCAAUCCUAUUGACAAUCCUAGGAUAGUCUGGGCAAGAGGCCUCUUGGUCGCUGCUCAGUCUCCUGCUCAGUUGCAGUGCCCAAGGUGACCAGGUGCAAAGGCAGAAGCUUCUCCCUGGCAAGGAAUGGCUCUCAAUCCUUCUUCAUUGGGGUGAAGGGCACAGCCAGUGUGUGUGUAGGGGGUUUACAUGGGGCACAUGUUCUGGACUGGAGACUGGCCUGGUGAAAUUUUAACCACUGGAACUGUUCCAAAUCAAAGGACUUUUUCCAAGAAUUGAGCCCAGAUACUCCUCCCCUUCUUUCUCCAGAGACAUGCCUUCCCCACACAGCUUCAAGUCCCCCCACCCAGCAUUGUUUCUUCUGCUGCCUCUUCCCUUGGCCUAUCUGACAAAAGAAAGCAAAAGUGGCUAUGUAACUCUAACCUGCCAAGCUUAAGCAGGGUCCUAAAUUUGAAAGCUCCUUUCUGCCGCUACUGACUCCAGUCAGUCUGUUCCAGAUUGGUGCCACUCCAAGCCACAAAAGUGAUGACCUGCACCCAAGCCUAAUGAGAAUUUCCCAACUGCCACUACUAGCGAAAGCUACAGCUAAGGGAGUGAGCUUGUGUGGGGAGUGAAGAGCAAGAGACACCACCACACAAAGCGAUCAGCAGAGCUGUGUGGUGGUUUUAAGGGACCCUGAAAAAUGUCAAGGCAAUCCUCAUUCCCAGCAUGGCCAUAAAGGCCACUGGUUCCCUUUAUCUUUUUUGUGCACCAAUACUUUGACUGGAAGCUCCCCUGCCACCACUUCCCCCCUCACUGCCCUCCUGGAUCUUUCCACUGCAUACCACCCACUUUGGGAAAUACUGUGUUAGACUGUGAGCCUACUGGCAGAGGUUGUUCAUUGAAAACUUGAGCACUUUAAAUGGUUUAAUCAUCCUCAAGUACAGUACUUAAAUACUGGAAUUUAGCUCAUAUUUCUUGUAACUGGUAUGCAUACUACUACAUAUUUUCUUACAUUUUUUCCCAGUUGUUGCAUUUAUUAACACGUGUUCUUGUUCAUUUGUUUAGAUAUGAUAAUAUGUUUCUCCUCACUGUAGAUGUAUAUUGAUAUUUCUAAAACCAUUCAGUAUUGUGUAUUAUUUUUUUUACAGAACAGUCAGUACUGUUCAGGAUUUUGUACUUUUUCCUUUGUAUAAGAAAGAAUGCUAUCAGGGCCAGUCAGUAUUUUAUGUUGUUUUCUUUUCCUUUUCUUUUUUAAACACUGGUUUUAAUUUUAUUAAACAAUCAAAAUAUAAAACUGCUAUUUUUCUGCAGAACAGAGAACACCCAACAGAACAGAUGUGUCUGCUGAAGACUGAAAUGACUUUUUCAGUAUAUCGAGCUGAGAAGUCUAGAUUUGUGAAACUCCUUAUUCAUAAUUGAACUUUUAGGUAUAACGUUUACUGUAAAUAAUCUACUAUUUUUCACUCUAUAAUAACUGGUGGUCUGACUUUUGUUGAAAAUUAUGACAAAAAUUAAAAUGUAACUGGAAGUAUUAAUGGUUUUGUUUGUAGUUCAGAUGGCCAUCUUGAAUAAAGAUAGAGGCAGAUUUCUUAUGAUAUUCCAGAUAAGGAGCACAGUGCUUAAAACCAUUGCCUCCAUGUGGCAAGCCUCUGACAUGUUUAAAUGUCUCUAAAAAGAUAUAUUGCUAUACAUUAUGGCAAUAAGAACCAUUCAGUUGUUCAAAUGAGCUUAUAGAAUGAUACACAACUGUUAGACCACAUUUCUCUGCAUUGCAUUGUUUCAAAAGGCUAGUUUGUUCAAAUUAGGAAAAGACAAUGACUGUAAAGAAUUGAUUCACAUGUUUAUAAAGCAGAUUUAACCAUCUUUUAUUAAAGACAAGGAAGUGCAGGUGAGUAUUUAAUGGGAAUUGCAGGCCAACAGCAUAUAGAACCCCUGUUCUAGAACCAGGAAGUGAAGAAAUUUCAGUGUUGCUGACUUACUCUGAGAGCGCACACUUUAGAAAUGGCACCUUCCCAUUAGCUCCUGAUUGCCACAGAAAUAGUCCAGCCCAGAAUGUUCUCAUAUUUUGUGUAGGGUUUUUUUUGUCCUCUUGAACCACACUCGCCACUCUAUUUUCCUUUUCGUCUUCCUUUCGGUUCUGUGUUUGUUUGUUUUGUUUGUUUGUUUAUUUAACCUUUUGGCUCUUUUCCAAGUUGCCUUGGUCUUAUGGUGUAAUAACUGUUCUUUAAGAAAUGGCUGAUUUUGGAAGCAAACUUCCUCAGCUGACAUCUGUGAUUGUAGCUUGUUUUAAUUAAAGGAUGGGUUUCUGUAAUAGAGAAGCUCAGCCGUCAUGUAUCUUCCCUUGUUACUGACAUGCUAAAGCAUCAGUUUUGGUCUGAGAGUAUGCAGUAAUCAAAAAGACACACAUCCAAAAAACCUAUGGGCUAUCAGUUUGAAGAGAUCCUUAGAGUAGGCGAGGUCUAGAACUAAGUUAUUUAUCUGGCCUCUGCUGACUGAAAGGAGAUUUCACCAUGCAAUGCCAGAUACAUAAAAAUUCCUUCCUGACUACCAAGUUACCACUCUGUCUAGAAAAUUCACAAAUAAUUCUGCCACAAACUGAAUCCAGCCCUUGUACCAUUUGUGCCUUCUUCUUCUUCUUCUUCUUCUUCUUCUUCUUCUUCUUCUUCUUUAUUUUGAGGUCAGUCACUGCCAUUGUAUUUAGGUACCCACUCCUGUGGCUGCUUUUCACCUCUUCUUCCUCCAUCUUCAUAACCACCACUACUGAAGAAACACCCAGAGGGCUUGCUCAUCAGCUAAUAUUUUUCCUUUUGGAUAGGAGUAGCUAUCAUGUCCAAUACAGCUACAAUCCAGGAGAUAAACAAUUGCUCAGACCCAGAGGAUAGCCAUGUAAUAGAUGCUGUAGUGGAGCCAGUCUGAACAGGCUCCUUCCCUCAGGCCCUGAGUGGUGAGUGGUGGCAGGUAAAAUGAGUAGUGGCAGCAAAAAUGGGUCAUGUGUUUGGCAGUUGCAUGUGCAGCCUCUCCUAGAUGGGAUUGCACUACAUCUAAAAAUGUGUGCAAGCACUGGGGAUAAAUCUUGAACCACCAUGUUUAUUUGAGGCUCAGUUUGCCUCAGUGGCUAAGAGGGGCCAUUAUCACUGCAUCUAAUUCAACCAGCUACAACAAUGUCUGGGCAGGGAUAGCCUGGCUACAUUGGUUUAUUUUCUGCUAACCUCCAAGUUAAAUUACUGCAAUGUGUUAAUAUGUGGACCUUCCCAUGAAGAUGACCAGGAUGCUUCAGCAAAUGCAGAAACAACAGCCAGGAUUCUAAUCAGGAUUGCAAGGAAGAAUCAAGUAUCUACAGGAGCAGCUCACUUAGCAGUCUGCCAGUGACUUAAGAUCAUCGGGGCAGCUCCUCUCCAAGAACUUUGGCUACAUUACACAUGAAUAAAGAAGAGCAUCUUCUCAGUUGUGGCACAUACCAUAGACUGUACUUCCAAAGAGAUGCAACUGGCAACAACGCUCAUUUAUUUGGGACCCACUUGCAAUAUUUCUGUUUGCCAAGGGAAAAUUUAAGCCAAGAGUGAGGAUGUGCUAUGACUAGUAGGGAAACAUACUUCAUGACUAAGAAGAAAUAAAAAGACAGUAGAAACAAUUGGCUGCUUCAGUGUUUUUAUUACUUUUCUUGUUUUGAUGACCUAUUCUGUAGUUGUUGUUGAAUUAUAUUCCAAUGUAUUAACUCUGCUCUCUACUGCCUGUAUCAUUGGUAAACCUCUUUCAAACAAAUAAAGUUCUUUAGUUGA